UGCUCGGCCACCCCUUUCGUCUUCACUCGCCGAGGCUCUAUGUAUUACGAUGAGGAUGGUGACCUUGCCCAUGAAUUUUAUGAGGAGACGAUAGUCACCAAGAAUGGGAGGAAGCGUGCUAAGCUGAAAAGAAUCCAUAAGAACCUGAUACCUCAGGGCACAGUGAAGCUGGAACAUCCUCGGAUUCAUGUGGAUUUCCCUGUUAUCAUCUGUGAAGUCUGAGCCACAGAGGCAGCAUGAACAGUCACAUAUGUGCUGUCAGUGCACCUUAUUUGCCCAGUUUUACUGUACCUCAUGUAAACCAUGCUGACAGCCACAUGUCCCUACAGAGUGAUGGAUCUGAAGCAAAAUGUUUGGCUUUGAAGCACCUCUGCCAGGAGGAGGAUAUGGCAGCAGCUACAGCCCUGGGGAUGUCUUGGAAUGGAAUAGUAAUCAGAAGUACCCUUGGCAUUGAUAAGAACUGUGUCACAUGAGAUAUCUGGCCUUGUUUAGGAGCCUGUUCAAAUUUCCCCUACUGAAUCCAAUAAAAUUCUUCCACCUGUCACUAAUUAACAUUUGAGGGGGGCAACCAGUUUCAGGUCUCUUGAGGUCAUGGAGAACCAACUUGCACUUUUUUCUGAGCUGAUGUCCUACUUAAGUAUCCCAAACACCUUCUGGAAAAGUUGACCUUGAAAGUUCAGUUUGUGUGCUGUAGAUCAGCAAGAGUGAGCUACAAGCCUGGUAUGCUUCUCCUCAUUUCCUGUUUCCACAGCUAAAUACCAGACACCGCACUGUAUGCAUCUAAGAGCAGGGAAUGGUGAUAUCAAGUGGUGGAUUUAAAAGGGUGGCUGCUGAACCAGUCCAGGACAGAUUGACUCCUGAGGUCUCCACUGAAACAGACUGAUGUGAGCUGGCUUUGCUCUCUUUGUAACAACUCACAAUGGAUUUGCACUGUUUUCUUUGCAGUAAAUAUGUUUUUCAACUAUGCUGCUUAGAAAAUCCCACUGAUUAGUGCCUGUUGUUGUGGCAUGUGAAAAGAGGCUAUUGGCAGCAGUAGCCAUGUAGAUGUUCUGUUAAGAUUUACCAAAAAGGCUGCUGCAUGGAAGUCGUAUGUCCUGCCAGGUUGUGUUUUCAUUCCAAUGUUCUUCCAUCUUGAAAAUUUAUGUUCCCCUAAUGUGUGGGGUGCAGGAAAAGCAGUCAUAUCCUUCUCCUUCCCAAUUCUUAUUACAGGAAUGUUCUUUUUCUCUGAACAGUUAUGUGGGUAACACUUCCCCCUUUAUCCUGUAUAUUCUGCUGCCAGCCCUAAAAACACUUGGCUGCGUUGAUCAAGGUUGCCAGCCUGCUCUUUUUGCCUUUGGCUGCAUCCCUUCCUUUGCAAAUUACAAUUGUGUUCUAUGAUCUUUCUUGAGUGGGGCAGGUAUUGUUUAAUGUGGGACAAUGUAGCUCAACUCAAAAGAAAGUCAUGUUUCUUUCUCCCAGAGGGCCUGUGUUUUCCUUAUGUGCAAGAGGGAUUACUAGGGCUACACUUCCUAUAAAGAAUGGCAUGGUAGUUAUGUAAGUACCAACAUGGUGUGCCCCUUCAUCCCAGUUUUCUUGCUUUCAGGGCUUAGAGUUACCUGUUACUGAGAUCCGAAUAGGUAGAUCCUUGUCAGAGGCAUUCAUUUGUAGAGGGUUUCAUAUUCAGUGUACACCCAGGAAAGCUUGGCUUACUUCACUUCCCUUUUCUACCUAUUCCUGAUAAUUUUAAAUAAAGCUUUAAAACUGGAUUAUGGAUGGGCAUUAGGUGUAGGAUUUGGCUUAUUGUGCAUCAUAUUUUCUUUCCCAGAGCAUGUCAUUUGCCUUUUGGAGCACUUCAGGCAUUUGCUACCUCAAUGUUUAAUUUAAUUAACUGGUCCAGUGUUGGGCCACCAGUAUCAAUAAGUCUAAGUAACUUUUGUCUCAGUUUCUGAACCUGCAAGGGAAGUCUUUUGAAACAUGAACCAGACUGGUAUGAGUCUGGUGUUUAUUGUCAAAAGGUCUUAGUGUUCAGUGGCUCGAUGCUUCUAAUCUUCCCCACCCCAGUAGCAUGUCUGUGGCUAUACUCUAGGAUUUAUCUGUAGAGCAUCAGACGUUUGACCAUUCGUAGUGGUUUCCUGAAUUGGAAAUGCUUGUACAGUUGCAUGUACAGAAGCGUACAUCUGGUGAUGACAUUGGGCCUCUAUCUUAUUUCCAUCCUCUUUUUCCACCUAUUUUAUCCUUUUGGUUGAGGAUCAGCUGGAUGGUGGAGCUAGGAAACUGACCUCUUUACCUUUUGUUGUGGAAGGAAGGAAACUUCUACUGUUGUGAAUUAAGAGCAUACUAGAAAUAUAGGGAUAUUUCUGUCACUCUUAGGCAAACAAAGCUAUAUCUUGGCAUUAUUUUGUAGAGGGAAUUUGUUGAAGUCAAGAAACUGACACUUUUUUUCUUUAAUAGUAAAGCCAAUAGUAGACAAUAAAUGCUUGUCAUUUAGAGCUUGCCCCAUAGCUAGUUGGAAGGAAGGAUUUUGCUUUUGUGUGGCUCUUCAGCGAUGAAAGAUUCUGAGCUUAAAAUGCCCUCUCCAUAUCACAGUUCCUAAAAUACCUGAUUUGUGUGUGUGUGUGUGUGUGUGUGUGUGUGUCUGGUAUGUGUUGUCUCACUGCCUCUCGUUCCUGAGCAGGCAAAUACUGUGGGAUCAAAAAGGUAACAUGUAAUGUUAGCUGCUGCUUCUCCUGUCACUUCUGUCUAGUGCUUUUGCACAUCCUGCAGGAUGCAGGGGAUGCAGUGCUUGUUCCUUUUGGAUCAUAAAUGGGAAUUUUAUCCCUGCAGGAAGCUCCAUUCUUAACUAGCUUGAAAUCUCCUGAGACACAGAUGACUCUGGAGCUCCCAACAGCUGCUGCCAAGCCAUUUCUCUCAAAGAUUGGCUUGCCCGCUGGGACAGCAGCUGUGCAGUUAGACUGCUUGGAGUCUGAAAUCCUAACGACGCUGUUUGUAUGACUGUGCUUUCAGCAGCCUGGCUCCUCCUGACAGGGGCACCUGUUGCUUGGGAGUGGGCUUGAGGAGACUACUUUGUACAGGAUGUUGAUAAUGUGAAAGCUGGUGUAAAUGAUAUAUAUAAAUAUAUAUAGAUAUAUUAUUACUAUUGUUCAAACAAGCAAAAAGUUGCAUCUCCUUUUUUAUGACUCUUCUGUGCAAAUUUAUGGUUGUGUAGAAGACCUGAACCUACUAGCACUACACAUCCUUUUCCUGUAGCAUAUGGAUAAGAACUGUGCAGGCAAAAGUGUAAGAUAUUUAUGGUCUGUUUCCUCUGCCUUGAAGUGCAUUUGUUAAUUUUGUUAAAUUUCAAUAAAAUUAUUUGUAAGUCCUGGAA